AUGGCUGGAUAUUCGAGUCAAACGGUGCCACAACUGAAGGAAGUACUGAAGCAGCGGGGAUUGUCGACGAACGGCGUCAAGGCGGACUUAAUUGCUCGUCUGGAGGAGUCGGACAAGAUCGAGGCCCAGCUGGACGCUGAGGACGGCGGAGAGCAGAAAAAAGUGGAGCCCGAGCCUGUUCAGGAGCCCGCCAGCACAGCCGAGGUGACGAACGAGGAGAAGUCUGCGGUGGCCGAGAAGCCGGUGCCCGUUGUGGAGACAGAGUCAAAGAACGAGUCUGUCGAGAAAGAAGCCGAGACUGCACCAAAGGAGGAGAAGAAACCGAUCAGUCCAGAGGAGCUGAAACAGGCCGCCGUGGAGCUGCUGACCAAGAAGAUCGCGAGAGCCAAGAAGUUCGGCAACGAGGACGAAGUGCCCCAGUUGGAGGCCAGUCUGCGUCGAAUCGACAAGUUUGGCCUGUCGCUGGACUCUGCGCUCGCCAGAGACCUCGGGUUCAAGCCGGCCAAGCCCCACGGAAACCACAAUCACAAAAACGGCAAACACAAAUGGAGAAAGUGA